CGGCUGUCAGUGCCAGCUCGCGGGACCGUGUUUCUUCCCGCUUAUUUUAUUUCUGCGUCGUACCGAGUGGAAACGUAAAGAACGAGGAGUGUCGGUACCGCAACCUGCGCCACUGGAGGGGCCGAGUCAAAGCCAAAUCGUCUUCGACUGCAGUUUCCUCACACUCAGGCGCACGCUUGUCUGAUAUUUCAGGCCCUGCCGCGCGCAAACGAUGUGCCAUGUUGCGCUCAUCCUUACGCACCUCCCUCACGCGACCAACUCGGCUACUUUCCCCGUCGCUACACAGGACUCCGCUGCUGACAUGGACAAGGCCGCUGACCACCUCUCGGACAGUGUAUCCAGGUUGUGGAAGCCCACUAUGUCCCAUCGCACAAAUCGGUAAGACAUACCAUGCAUUCCAAGCCGCCGAGGCUAGGCAUCCCCGCUUCGCCGCUGCCGCUUGCAUCACGACCACAAGGUACUUCCCAAGAUACUUCCAUGCCACCUCUCGUGUUGAGGGCUUGCACAUAUUGCCGCUUAUCGGUCUCCUCAAGAUCUCCACUGCUCUCGAGUUAGUCCGCACCGCCGCUCGAAUUGCACUCACUUUCUUACCAUUCGUGUUCUUCAAAAACAUGAAGGUCAAGAACGCCAUCAAGAAAGCCGAGGAAAGAGGAGACAUGGUGGCGGUCGAGAAGAUCAAGGCAAAAAUAGCUGUCAAAGGAUACAGGCAGAAGACGAUCGCCUUCAACGUCCUCCUCACUAUACCCGUCCUCAUCUUCUGGCUGACCAUCUUGGCCAGUAUGGAGCGGACGCCGCUCACCGGACGGUGGCGGCUCAUCUUACUCUCGCCUGAGGAAGAGGAAGAGAUCUCCGCGCAGCUUGCAGGGCCGGGGUGGUAUCAAGCCGUCGCAGAGAUCCUCUCGCAGGAGGGCACGACGCCCAAGCUGAUCCCGCCGACCGACUGGCGCAUGGGCUGGGUGCUCGACACCCUGCGCAAGCUCGAGAGCGUCAUCCCGCUGCUGCAGCACGAGCACGAUCUCGAGGCGCGGUGGCUCGAGUGUGGGCCCGGCGACGUGCCCCUCCCGCCGCCGGCCGACUACCCGCUGCGGCCGCGCCCGCGUGCGUCCGAGAUGGUGCGCAACUUUGCCGAACUCUCGUGCGGCCGCCGUGCCCCGCCGUCGCCGCAUGGCAUCCCGGGCCCGCCGUACUCGCUCAUCGUCGUCGACAAUCCAGACUCGUCCAACGCGUUCUCGUACGGCUUCGGCCCGGAUGGCGGGGGCGGCAUCGUCGUCUUCAGCGGCUUCAUCGACGACGUCAUCCGAAAACACCCGUUCCCCGAGGACAACGGCCAGCCGGUGCAGCGGUCCUGGUGGUCGUCCCUGUUCGGGGGCUUGCCUUCGAGCGUCCCGCAGCAGCCACCGGCCCCGACGCGCGAGCAGACAGAGGAGCUCGCGAUUUUGCUUGCGCACGAGCUGUCGCACCUGAUUCUCUCGCAUCACCUGGAGACACUGUCUUCGGGGUCCAUAAUAUGGCCCGGCGUCAUCUCUAUCAUGACAGACGUCGUACGCGCUGUCAUGUUCCCUAUCACCAUGCUGUUUGGGCCGUUCGUGAACGACGCCUUGGCUGGCGUUGGAAAACUCGGGUCGGGUCACCUCACGGAGCUGACUCAAUACUGCACAAGUCAGAAACAGGAAGUCGAGGCGGACGUCGUCUCCGCAAGGCUGCUCGCCCACGCCGGGUUCGAUCCGCGCGCGGCAGUGCGCUUCUGGGAAGGCCGUCAAGAAACGGAGCGGACGGCAGAGUGCACGCCGGGGCGUGCACAGGACGUAGUCGCGUACUCAGAGUGGGAGCGAACGAGCCUACCGAUGCGCUGGGUGAGCUCGUCGCACCCGAUGAACGUCAUCCGCGUCGAGCGGCUCAAGGCGGAAUUACACGAGUGGGAGAUCCAGCGCGAGGCUGCCCGGCUGAAGCUCCGACAGCAGCGGGAGCGGGUCGGGUCUCAGGAGUAAAGAUAGGACAGUCGCUGUGGAACAGUACUAUAAUUCAAUGUUUGGAAGGGUUUGUGUUUCAUCACUAUCGUCGUUCUUGGUUGUUCUACGUGUCCGUAUAUCCCACAUCCGUGCUUCCGUGUAGUUAUCGUACUUUAGAAGGUGGCACGCAUCAAUUUAAUUCACAUUUCUAUGUA